CCGCGGGGGGCCUCUUCGGGGCGGCGCCGCCGGCGGCCGGCGGGGGCCUCUUCGGGGCGACGCAGCCGGCGGGCGGGGGCCUCUUCGGCGCCCCUGCCGCCAGCACCGGCGGAGGCAUCUUCGGCGCCGCCGCGCCCGCGGCUGGAGGUCUUUUCGGGCAGCCCGCGGCGCAGCCCGCGGCCGGUGGGCUCUUCGGGCAGCCGGCGGCCGCGACGCAGGGCGGGCUCUUCGGGCAGCCCGCGGCGCAGCCCCAAGGAGGACUCUUCGGUCAGCCCGCGACCGGCGGGCUCUUCGGGCAGCCGGCGGCGCAGCCCGCGGCCGGCGGGCUCUUCGGGCAGCCCGCGGCAACGGGCGGUGGGCUCUUCGGCGCGGCGCCCCAGUCGCAGGGCGGCCUGUUCGGCCAGCCGGCGACGUCCGGAGGAG